AGCCUCAAGGAUCCUAGGCGGGUUUGUUUCUGCUGAGCCACAGCGGGAACUCCUGGGAUGAUUUGUUGAUCUUGCUUUUUCCUCUGUUCCUCGUGGCCGAGCCUGAAGCCUUUAGGUCCGGCAGCACUUCCCCACCCCACUGGCUAAGUGGCCGGCCCUUGUAGGCCAUAGGGCCCAGCAGUGGACCGGCCAGGACUCCCCCUGGAGGAGCUUGCCUCCUAGCGGGAGGGAGCAGAGAAAUGAAGUGGAGAGCAGUCGCAGAUGAUUGUCCCACAAAAGAAAACAGGGUGACAUGAGCUAAGGGGCUGGGCACAGAGGGUGUUUCUCUGAAGAGGCGGCCUCUAAGCAGCAGAGGGAGGGACGGCAGGCCCUGAUCUGGGAACGGGGCUGACGUGUGCGGCAGAGGCUGGCUUGCUCCCGAGGCGGCUCUAAGGGCCUGGCUGAGCCUCCCCCCGGGAGGUCUUGGGUGGGGGCUGAGGACCUGUCGCCUGCAUCUCACAGCCGUGUGCUGAGGCGGCCCCAGACGGGCCGGAGACUCCAAAGUUCACCUCCUUCAUGUCAUUGCCGUCGGGAGCUCAGCCGAGGCCGGGGCCGCGGUUCACCUGCAGCUUGUUUGCUGGGUGGUCUGGAGCCGGCCAGCGUGCUUUUGGGGGAUUUUGCACGUGUUCAGCUGAAAGGAUGCGGCUUCUGAGCCGUCGUGUCUAUGGAGGGCACGCAGGCCCACGGGGUGGGCAGCGGUCCUCUUUCUCACGUUCCUCCUGAUCCCUCCCUUCGAGCAGAAGCAUUUUCACGGUAAACACUUGGGUCAUAAAAAAGUAAAAUUGGGGAAAAUUUGUAGGGAGCCACGGGACAGAGAAUGUUGCCGCCGUAGUUUUCUGCUGGCCCGGCUCUGGCCUCAGCGGGCGGCUGGCCCUCCGGGUAGCAAGUUCGAAUUCAGCCCCUUUUAAACUACGGGCUUCUCCUCAGCCGACUGUAAAGCCGGCCCCCCCGAAGGGCACUAGGAGCUGCAGGCCACCUGUUUGCUUCAGCUUUGGCUCCCGGGAGAGCAAAGGGCGUGACUUGGGGCUCCUUGGCACCCCUGACGCCCUGCCCCCUCUGCAUGGCAGCUCCAGGAAGUGGUGUCAUGGGGUCACAGUUACACUUUUUUUUUUGUCUUUUUGGGCCACACCCACGGCGUAUGGAAGUUCCCAGGCUAGGGGUUGAAUUGGAGCUGUGGUUGCUGGGCUACACCACAGCUCACGGUAAUGCUGGAUCCUUAACCCACUGAGCGAGGCCAGGGAUCAAACCCGCGUCCUCAUGGAUGCUGGUCAGGUUUGUUUCCGCAACAGGAACCCCACAGUUACGCUUUUAACGCAAGUGGGCCUAGGACUGCUCAGGUCGCUUUCAUAUCUGAGUUGGACAGUUCACCCUUGAACAGCUCAUGUUCGAACGGCCUGGGUCCCCUACACGCAGGUUACCUCGUGAUGCGCGUGCUGCAGUCGGCACGAUCCAGGCUGGGGGCACUGCGGACUCAGAGGCAAUGAAUGUCCGAAGGUGACAGCGUGGGAGACUCUGUCCAUGGGAAGCCUUCCGUGGUGUACAGAUUCUUCACACGGCUUGGGCAGAUCUACCAGUCCUGGCUGGACAGGUCGACGCCAUACACGGCCGUGCGAUGGGUGGUGACGCUGGGCCUGAGCUUCGUCUACAUGGUGCGCGUUUACCUGCUGCAGGGCUGGUACAUCGUGACCUACGCCCUGGGGAUCUACCACCUGAAUCUCUUCAUAGCUUUCCUCUCCCCCAAAGUGGACCCUUCCCUGAUGGAGGACUCAGAUGAUGGCCCCUCGUUGCCGACCAAACAGAACGAGGAGUUCCGGCCCUUCAUUCGAAGGCUCCCGGAGUUCAAAUUUUGGCACGCAGCGACCAAGGGCGUCCUCGUGGCCAUGGUCUGCACCUUCUUCGAGGCCUUCAACGUCCCGGUGUUCUGGCCCAUCCUGGUCAUGUACUUCGUCAUGCUCUUCUGCAUCACCAUGAAGAGGCAGAUAAAGCACAUGAUCAAGUACCGGUACAUCCCGUUCACGCACGGCAAGAGGACGUACAGGGGCAAGGAGGACUCGGCCAAGACGCUCACCAGCUAGACCGCCCCGCUGCGCCGCCUGCGCGUACAGUAGUUGAUCACGGGAGUUGUUUUCUUUUUAAAAAGGAGCUUCAAUUAUUUGUAACUGAAAUACCAGGUUCUUGAAGAAACUGGCAUUUAAACUGAAUCGCAUUGAUUUAUUUUUCAGGGCCAUUAGGCGACCAGGCAGGGUGGCCGGGGGGCAGGGCGGGGAGGGCAGGUGGCACCCUGAUGCCCAGCGCCAGGGACGCCACCCGUGACCCCAUCGCCCGCCUGGAGGAAGCUCACCGGUUCCUGCGCGUGAAGGAGACCCGGGGGGACCCUGGGCUCGAGUGCCAGUCUCCCAGUUUCAUCUCAGUAGAGAUGUGUCGGGUCGGCCUCUUAUCCUGAUGACUCAAAACUGUGUUCUUAACUGCCGUGAUUGCUUUUGAGGGCCUGAAAUUAUAAAUAUAUAUUAUAUUUUAAUUGUUUGAGA